UCUGUUAACAGAAGUUGUCACUGGCACACAGUAGAGUAGGCUAAGUAUUGAUUAUGACGGGACGUGAACGUGAGCCUUGUUAUUGGACUAAGAAACUUAAUGUCAUAUAUGUCAUGUUUGUAAAGGAAUGUAGCUUCAGAAUGGGAAUAUGUUGUUCAGGUUGAUAAUUCUUGCUUUUCUGUUACAUCACAGUUUACAGACAUUUCCAGAGUUGACGAGCAGGAGAGUUUAUAUAACACAAAGAACAUGUGGAACCAAGAUCAUGCUUCGGGAAACGGAAUCUCUGUAUUUAGAUUAUUUCGGAAACGUGUUAAAUUUUAAUGUAUCUGAUAGACUGGAACAUGUUCCCUGCAUAAUUGAUAUAGAGACCUUGGAGGGUGCGGAACAAACAUGUAUUGAAACAGAGCAGACACAUCUGAGGGAAGGAUGUAGAUUUAGAUUUACGUGGCAUCCAGGAUCUAGAGAUUUUAUAUUGUAUGGUUUAUCUACAUACUGGUGUGAUAUGUUUGGUCGUGGAUCUGUUUGUAUGCCUGUAUGGAGAAGUAGACUUAUGUUAGAUGCAGCACAAAGAUCGUCUCUAAGGAUUCAUUUUUCUACAAAACGUAAAGCACCAAUUAAGGCUAUUCACGAGCAACCGAAACACAUGAACGAUAAGAAGCCAUUUGUCUAUGGUCUAAGAGGACGAUUAAGUCUUGAUUUCUACAUAAUAUUAGCAGUUCUGGUAUUCAUUUGCGCAUGCGCAGCAAUAAUGGGGGUUAUGAGACACAUGAAGAAUAGAGCAAACAGAAGACGUAUUUUAAGUACACAUAUAGAGCUGGCUCAAAUAAAUCAAACACUUACACGAGCUCACAAUACAGUCCUACAUAAUAAUGCAGAUAGUUCCUGUUUUAACCCGCAUCCACCAUCAAACCAUAAUCAACACAGAUUUUAUCCGCAAGUACAAUCAGCCACAGGGACAAAAUAUGCCACUUCUUAUUCGGGAUAUAUAUGUGAUAUUGGACAACCGCCGCCAUAUUUAGAAAACCCACCACCUUAUAACAACUGUACAAGAUGAUAAUAAAAUGAUACACAUAGCAAUGUUGACUUGACUCUGUGAAGUUUUUAUCAUGGCAUUUAUUACAUUGAUUUAUGUUGAUAAGUGCAUAUCUUUAUCAGACAACUCAUCAUUACAUAUUGAAAUAUAAUGAAGAGAAUAGAAUAUUUUACCUCUUACUGGUUUAAAAACAUUAAACUGAUAAACUUUGAAUCGAAUAGAUUGUUUAAAUAUUAAAGUCUCUCUUACAUUUGACUAAAUCAAUUUGGGACUAUUUAUAACAGAUAUGGUCUUUGGCAUAUCACUGCGCGCGGCAUAAACUCUAGAGGUUCUUGACAAUUAUUGUUCUUUUGUUUCGUUUGGAAUUUAAAGAAAGAAACGCAUAUAAGAAUUGAAAACAUGACAAAAAGAAUACCAUGCUAGUGUCUGAUAUUAUAAAAUUUAUCAGGCUGGGCACGAUAAACAUAAAGGUUCGACAGAGCCUCGUACUUCUUUUUUUCUUAGCCUUGUCUGAUAAAGUGUGUAAUAUCAAACACUAGCAUGGUAUUCUCUAUGUAAUUCCUUAACUGUCUUUGUUGCAUAUCAGGAUGACCAUCCUCCAAGGUGUUUAUAUAAGUUGAUGUAUUGUGUUUGUUGAUUCUAUUAUAUAUUAUGUUGAAUUGUGUUCUGUGAAUUUACUAUGUAUU